UUUGUUUUGCUUUUGCUGCUGGGGUUUUAUAAAAAAUUUGGUUUAUUUUUCUUAUAUAAAAAAUUGUUCUAAAAAAUGUCGCGAACUUUCUACUUAGGGCUCCGAAACUUUCUUUAUCGCCUCGAGAAUUUGCUGCAGAUCGGCUACAAAGGCCAACCGCCAACGCAAUUUGCAUUGGCCGGUAUGCCUAGUAUUAACGUGAACGCCAGACGAAUUGUUGCAGAGUCUGACAAGCCCGAUAGAUUUAGCCUUAAAGAACUCUUAGGUGAUGGCAUCUUCUGGGCCGUGCCGAAACAUCGACGCACGAUUGAGAAAAGACUUAAGCGGAAAUUUGGCUUGCCUGGAUAUAAUUGGAAACCAUUGAUCACUAAAACAAAUCUACGCACGUGCAACCAAUGUGGCCAUGACCACGAAUUGGGAAUUCUUUGCCCUCACUGCUACAAAAAGGUAGAGCUGGAAACUCGUUUGAUGCAAGAAAAAAUUCAGGAAAAGUUAGGUCUAGAACCUGUAGAACACGAAGUCGUCGUACUCUACGAGGGUGAGCAGCUAGAAGGAUCUGUUGAUGCUGCUAACAAAAAGAACGUGCGUGUUGUAGAAAUGGAAAAGGCACGUCCCGUUUGGUUUAGCAAAAACCUCAUGCAGAAGACCACUGUGCAACCAGAAAAUACAAAAGAAGUAAAGCCCUCUAAUUUGGGUUAGGCAAGAACAUGUGUCUAAAAUUAUUAAAAAAUAGUUAACAAAUUUCGUAAAUUUAACUAUUUUAUUUCGUUGUAAAGUAAUGUU